AUGUGCCGGCUUCCAGAUUCCAUAACAAAACUCUAUAUAGGAGUCCAGGACUUCUUGAAUAGGUCCCAGAGAUCCUGGCAAGCUGCCUGUGCAGCUUGGAACGAAGUCCCAGAGGCUCCAACCAUGAUACUGUCAGCCCAGACACCGAAAAUCGAUAUCGAUAUCGGUCACAAAUUACCGGCGAUUAGGGGCGCAUUGAGCGCGCUUGAUGCGCCUCCAAGCGAUUCACGACUGGUAUUUUGGACUGAUGCUUCUAAGAAACAUCGUUCCGCAGGAUGGGCGGCUGUGUUUCGGGAGGGCUGCACCUUGGUGCGUAUCAUGGCAAGGGGACCAUGUGGCACAUCGUCCAAUAUCGAAGAGCUUCAGGCCAUCGGCCUUGCCCUUGACUACACGAUACAACUCGAAGAGGAGAACGACAAGAGGGGACGACUGCAAAUCCUUGAAGUGUACAUCGACUCACAAGCCACGUUGGAACUUUUGAGAAAGGCACUAUCAGACUUGCCACCUUUGGGCAUCGAUGACAUCGACGACACCAAAUGUAAAUAUUACAACAACAAGAAGAGAGCAUGGUUGUUGGCCCAGAUGAUAGCGCGAGAGGUGGGUCGUAAGGCCACACAGCUUCAAGAAGCUGGCGUGUAUAUCGAAUUGAACUGGGUGCCUCGGGAUACAGUUAUUGGCAACCAACUUGCUGAUAGGGGCGCUGCACUUGCGAGAAUGGGAGUUGGAUGUGGUUAUACGCUUAACAAUGCACUCGUCGAGUUUCUUCCAGCCGAUCCUGUUGGAGAAGGAGACGAGGACAAGACGAGUGUGUGCUUGACCGUGCCGCAGAUACGUAUGGCGGAAGAAAUUGAGUCGACAUUGAUAGAAAGAGCGGCAGAAGUAGAAGACAUACUCGCAGCAACGACCCAAGAUGUUGUAGAAGAACCGCUAACUGAAGCUACUUGGCAAAGAAUAGCAGAACCAGAACCAGAACCGGAGACAGACGAGGCGACGGCAGACGAGACUGUUGGAGCCACAGGCGAAGAAACAGUUGAAGUUACUGGACAGAGACCUGAAAUUGGGAAUAAUUGGCACAACAACGACGCUAUGCCUAUAGAUCCGCAGCUGUACCUUCCAUUGCCAGAUGAGAUGACUGGUGUGGCGACCAGAAAAGUGGCAGCAGAAGAGGCAAAUUAA